AUGCCGUACGCGUUUCCUACAGACCUUCAUCAUGGUGACGUGAUUGAGUUGCCCGAGUUUCUUUUGGCGCUUCCAGAGGGCCGCGUGCAGGACCUUCCUGGCGGUCAGUUACCACCUGACAGGCAGGUGUGCUCGGAGGACCAGUCGACGGUGAUGCACUGGACGGAGAUUCCCAACGUUGACAUUUUACGUGCCGACGUCAUGUGUACGGAUGCUGUGCAGCGCUGGGGGCGUACUCUGGUGUGGCGGCGGAUGGCGCGUACAGCUCAGGGAGACGCACCGCCGCCACCUGAUCCAGUCCUACCUGCUCGGUAUCGUGUUAGCCGGGCUGAGCGAGCUGGUGCUGUGGAUGAGGACGGCGGUAGUGCUAGUGGAGCAGGCAGGCUGGUGGAUGAUGCGGCGGACGGAGCACUGGACGUGGAUGCUGGUGCUCAGGAGACUGGCGAUCCGGAUUUGACGACGGCUGGGCAGCAGCCCGAGCCCGAGCCCGAGCCCCAGCAGCUUCCACCGGAUCAACAGCCGCGCCCACCGCGGGUGCUGCCCAGAGCCUGCCCGGACGACCCCGCUAGUGUGGAGGUGCCCUAUUGCAUGCGUCUGGAGCCGGACCUGCCCAACCGCACUAUGCUGGUUGGCGAUGGUGCUGCAGAGCACAUAUUCGUAUGCAACAUCUGCCACAAAGCCCUUAGCGCCCGCCGAGUCCCUGAAGCUGCGCUGGCGCGCCUGGACCCUGGCGAUGUGCCGCGCGUCAACCAUCUGGGUGACCCUCUGCCGUCGCCCACUUUUUUGGAGGGGCAGCUUCUGGGUCGUGGUCGUAUCAUUCAGCAGCUGCUUAUCAUGUACCUCGCAGACCGGCCGCCAGAUGUCUUCCCCCGUGCCGUAAAGACUCACGGCAUUGGGGUCGUCAAUCCCGACCCGAAUCUGCUGCGAGGGCAGCUGCCAGCGCGGGCAUCCGACCUGGCCGGCGCUAUCACGGUCGUGUGUGUCGACCAGGUUCGCAGCCGGGCGGAGCUGCUGGAACGCGUGCGAAAGGCACCAGGUCUACAGGUGCGAGGGCAGGUCAUCGUCGCUUGGGUCCGUUUCUUACAGCACAACGACGAGGAGGAGCUGGCUAUCGAUGAGGACGCUCUGCAAGAGUACGAACGGAUGGGCUGUGCUGCAGGCGUGCCGGACGAAAUCUUGCAUGCCGCCCUUGCGCCGACGGAUCCAGAGGUGGCGAACGUUCUCCGCACCACCUUCCUGCACGACCGCACGGCUGCGGCACCUGACGCGGAUACUGCAGGACCCGUGCAACCUACGCUGGCGGAUCCGACCCCGACUGCAGUUGAUCCGGCAGCUGCCACUCUGGACGAACUGGAGCUGAUCCUGCCGCAGCCGUCGAAUGUUGGUGAUGAUGGCAGUGAAAUCGACCGCUUCCCAGGCCGAGUGGAGGACCUUCUGACUGGCCGCGCACGGAUUGCGUUUGCGGCUGGUGGUCGUGACAGCCACGUGCUGGAUGACCGUCAUCCCGCCAUCCUCACCCUUUGCUUCCCCCAGUCCUUCCCAUACGGCUUUUCUGGUCAGCGCCCCCGCGGCAUGUCUUUUCCGGCAUAUUGUCGCCACCUACUGCACCGCGUGCCGCGGACGCAAUUCGGCGGCAACCUCAUGCUGCUGGCACGCAUGUACGACAUCUGCGUGCGCCACGAAAGCAUGGCGCAGGUGGGAAUUACCAUGAACAUGCGGCCGCAUCUUGGUGAACCAGCGGCGCGUGUGCCGCGUGAUGUCAUCCGUGCUAUGGGCACCAUACUGGCGCUGCCGUAUCGGCACUCGCAGCGGCGGCAGCUGCUUACACAGCAAUCACCGCUGGUUAAGGCGCUGGUGGAGGGGGCCCGCCUCAGUACUUUGCGCCUCGACCUUACGGACGCAUAUUACAACGGCGCCCGCUCCAAAAUGCGUGCAGCCGCCCUCACCAUUGGCUGGCCUCCGCUGUUCUUCACCGUUAAUCCGGCAGAUAUGCAUGCAGCUUGUGCAGUCGUGGCAUCCGGACAGGUGUUGGACUUCGACGAUGACGGACGACCGCAGCAUAUCCCGAGCACGGUGGAAAAGUGGCGGCGUGUGAAGGAUGACCCGUACAGUUGCGCCGCUCUGCUGGUGGCCACCAAGGAGGUUCUGGUGGAAGAGCUCUUUGGGUUUGCGCCAGGCGCCAUGCAGCAGACCAACCCGCACUGCUUCUGCGGGCUCACGUUUGAGGUGGCGGUCAAGGUGGAACAGAGCGGCCGCCUUGCCCUGCACAUCCACGGUGUCGCACAUGUGGCCGCAUUUGCAGUCGAGCGUCUUCAGGCACUGUUCAACGGACCCAACUGCCGAGCGCUGGCCCUUGCAUACGCACUGUGCGCCAUGUGGUAUCCCUCGCCGUACUAUGACCCUUUCGUCCACGGAACAGAACACUGCGUCAUGGACAUGACCGUCGAAGAGGCCCGGCAGCAUGGCCGUGCACCUCCGCCCAUCGACAAGUCCUGCCCGCCAGCGUGCCACCCUAUGCUUGUGGAGGGCAAGCCCGGUACCGGAAAGACCCAGUUUGUACAAGCGCUCCUCUGGUACACUUUCCAGCAUGGCUGCCCGCACUGGGCGGCCACCUGUGCCUACUCAUGGGCUGCUGCAGUUGCAUUCAACACGCCGGUGCAUCGCAGCCUCUCUACCCACGCAAUGUUCGCCCUAUCUGCUGGCAGCAACCGAGCGGAAAGCGUCAGAAAAGGCAGCGCAGCCAGCCUACAGGUGCAUCGCAAUGUCGGCGAUGGUGCGCUCAUCAUUGACGAGAUCGGUAUGAACAGCCUGGACCAUCUGGGCGCAUGCAACCAGUCUUGCACUCGUCACCUGUUGCCGCCGUCGCAUCUCGCUCGUGACCACCCUGCAGCCACCAUCUUCAGCGGCCGCCCCAGCGCCAACACAGGCGACGAGUUCCAACACCCGAAGCCAGGUGGGCCGCCCCUCUACCGGUACGCCGCUGAUGUAGAAUGCAACCCCCAGUUCUCGCCCUCCGUCCCGGCCGCACAGCCUCUGCACGGAGAGGAGGACAACGAUGGCGACCCUAACGAGGCCGCUGCUGGAUCCCAAGGCGGUCAGCAGCAACCCGAAGUAGCAGCACGCCGGCCCCGGGCCGUCCCACAGGCUCAGAGCUGCAUACUCGAGGGCUUCCGGGUUUACCGAUCCCUGGCUAAGACCGUCUUCUUGCUGGAGAAGCAGCAGCGCCAGGACAGCAGUCCCUCUGGUCGUCGCCUGACAGAGUACGCCUCUAUGUUCGGCGGUGAGCCAGCCACAGAGCAGCGCAUAGCCGAAAUGGUUGACGACCUCAACAGCCGCGCCGUCGUCGACUUAGCCGACCUAGCGCACCUCGAGCCGCGCGUCGUGCUGCAGAGGAACGAACCACGCCACACGCUCAACACCCGCCUCAUAAUGCUGGAAGCACAGCGCAAGAACCAGCGCCUCGUGGUGUGGAAUGCGGACCACGUCCCUGUCCAGAAGCGCGGCGCCGCUGUAGAGCCGGCCCUGACACACGUGGAGAAAGCAGUUGCGAUGCGAAUAAAGGAUUACGACUUUGGCCACACCACCGCCGACACGUGGUACUACCAUGGCGCCCGAUACAUCCUCCUUGAUACGACGGCUGCCGAUGCCGGGGCGAGUCACAACAACGAGGUGGAAGCCUGCGGCCUGCUUGAGGAUGGCCGCGAGCCAGCAGAUGACGGCCACGGCCCCUACCGCCGGCUCAAGUACCUUCCAGCGGCCGUCAUUGUGCGGCCUAUAAACGGCCAUAUCCCCGACACCGUGCUGCGGGGCCUUGCAGACUACGCCAGCAGGGGUGGCGCCUUCAUCCUGUCACCCCGGGCGUCUUGCAUUGCCGAGGUGGAGAUGCCCGCCCCCGGGUGUGGCACCCUCACAAAGCAGGUCCGGCGCCUCAACGUACCGCUCGGCGACCGCCAGGCGGUCACCGAUUACUUCGUACAAGGCCGCAGCUUCAAAGAUGAAUGCUGGCUGGUGGAUCUUGCUGUCCCACCCAACGGCAUCAAGCGUGCCACCCUGUAUGUGCUGCUGACCCGCUUUAAGACGUUGGACCACGUCCGUCUGCUACGUCCACUUUAUACCACGCCACACGAGCGCAAGAAGGUCAUCAAACAAUUCCUCAGCGCAACCAAGCUCGAGCCGGAUCUGGCCGCCAACCUGCGCCUGCUGAAGCAGGCAGCACGCGAAACGGAGCAGCGGUACACCACCGAGUUCCAGCAUGCACGCCAGUUGGAAACCCGCUGGACCCGCUAG